AAAUCAGUUUAUUUCUGUUCUGUUGAGUUGCAGGAACGCGUUCUUUUCUACUUUCCGUUCGGUUUAUUUCCUUAUUAUUAUUAUUCUUAUUACGAAUUAGUUUCAAGUUUGCGUUUUAUUAAUUUAUUCAUUUUUAAUAAGUACACAAAUCGAAUUGGAUGCAAAAAUAUUAUCCUAAUAUUAUUUGAUCGUUUUAUCGUACUUCGAAAUCGAAAUUGUUUUGUUUGUCGCUUUGUUUUGGGAAGAGUUUUCUCAAUCUGCCUCGAAUUGGUGCGGUUAUUACUAAAAAUAUAAAACCAAAAUAUCCGAAGAAAAUCGUUUCAUAAUCACGCCGAAAAUCGGAAAUCAGCGAUGAGUUAAAUUUCAUUUUGGUGCGAAAUAAGGCGAACAGUAAACUUUGGCCCGUAGUUAUUUCUCAUACGCACUGGAUGCCAGUAAGCAGUGGGGAAUCAUCCCGGCGCGCUUAAAACUAGGCUACAGAAAAUCAAACAUUAGGCAAUUUGGUUGCUUGGCGUGUGCAUCUAAAAAGGACUUUAUAGCAGUAUUAUAUCUACAGACACUUAUUGAACUUCUCCCUCUUUGAUUCUGUCUCUUGGCCAAGUUUUCGAGAAAGAAGCCCAGUAGCAUAAUCAUGGUUGAAGGACAGGUAGCCGUUCAACAACAACAGCAACAACCUUCGGGAGCUGGCGGUACCAAUAGCACCACCGGAUCAGGCCCAGGAUCGACGGCAUCCAACAAUGGCACCAACAGCCAAGCUCAAACAAACGGCGGCUCCACACCCGCCACUCCAGUGUCGUCGUCAGCUGGAUCCACAACAAACACAACUGGCGGACAGUGUGGGGCCAAUAGUGCGGCCCAAAACAACAACAACAAUAAUAACUCGGCCGCCAACAACAAUAAUAACAAUGAACCGGAUCCCAAGACCAACCUGAUUGUGAAUUACUUACCGCAGACUAUGUCCCAGGACGAAAUACGAUCACUGUUCGUUAGUUUUGGUGAGGUGGAGAGCUGUAAAUUGAUCCGCGACAAGGUGACAGGUCAAAGCUUGGGCUAUGGCUUCGUCAACUACGUGAAGCAGGAGGAUGCGGAAAAGGCUAUAAACGCCUUGAAUGGCUUGCGGCUUCAGAACAAAACUAUCAAGGUCUCUAUUGCUCGCCCCAGUUCCGAGAGCAUCAAGGGUGCAAAUCUCUAUGUAUCGGGUCUUCCAAAGAAUAUGACUCAGUCCGAUUUGGAAUCAUUGUUCAGUCCAUACGGCAAGAUCAUAACUUCGCGCAUACUAUGUGAUAAUAUCACUGGUCUCUCCAAGGGCGUUGGUUUCAUACGCUUCGAUCAGCGCUUUGAAGCCGAUCGUGCAAUCAAGGAGCUAAAUGGUACCACACCAAAGAAUUCCACCGAACCAAUCACCGUCAAGUUCGCCAACAAUCCCAGUAGCAACAAGAACAGCAUGCAACCGCUGGCAGCCUACAUAGCCCCCCAGAACGCGAGGGGCGGUCGAGCAUUUCCGGCGAAUGCCGCUGCAGGAGCAGCAGCCGCAGCCGCUGCAGCAGCCAUCCAUCCUAACGCUGGCCGCUACAGCUCUGUAAUCUCACGCUACUCUCCGUUGACAAGCGAUCUGAUCACCAACGGUAUGAUCCAAGGCAACACAAUUGCCAGCUCCGGGUGGUGUAUUUUCGUGUACAACUUGGCACCCGAGACGGAGGAGAACGUGUUAUGGCAGCUAUUUGGACCUUUUGGAGCUGUGCAGUCAGUCAAGGUGAUUCGUGAUCUUCAAAGCAAUAAAUGUAAGGGAUUCGGAUUUGUUACAAUGACCAACUACGAGGAGGCUGUGCUAGCCAUUCAGUCACUAAACGGUUAUACACUCGGCAACCGUGUACUUCAGGUCAGCUUCAAGACCAACAAGAACAAGCAAACGUAAUUAUUAACAAAGUUGGCUGCUGUUGUCAAUGCCAAUGCGACGGCGGCGGCUUUGGCGGCCAAUGGUCUAGUGCUCCACAAUCAACACCACCACAGCACCAUGGGCAACAUCAAAAACACGAACCACAACAACUGCACUGCGGCCUAUCCAUUUGGCAAAUACGCUAAUCAUAGCAACAACAGACAGCACAACAGCAACAUCCCUAGUAACAAUAGCAACACGAACAAGCCGAAGCCAACGAACUCGAGUAACAAGCAACAAAUAUUGCCUCCCCCGAAGAGGCCAGUUAGUAGCGACUCAGCAACAUCAUCUACCGUAGCAUCAACAACAGCAACUAUUCGUAGCAGUAAUGGCCACCACGAGUCCAACGGCGAUGCUACUGGAGCCACUGCCACCACCUCCACAUUUUCGUCACCGUCAUCGUCGACCAACAUCCUCAAGACCUCAACGAAAUUUGUAUACAACAAGCCCCAAAAUCACUUUGAGUUGUUGCAGCAGCAACUGCAGCUGCAGCAGGAGUUCGCCCAGUUCUUAACUAACGUGGCCAACAGCGCUGCUGCCGCAGCUACACCCAGCAACAGCUCAACUAGCUCAAUAAGCCAGCGAACCAAUGGAGGCAUCGGACUAGGCCUGGGGCAUCCGGUAACCAAUGCCCCCGGUGGCAGUUCUGGCAACAAAAACGCCAACAGUAGCAACGGGUAUAUGUCCGCCUGGUCCAAUUGGUUCUAUUAGAUUAAACCCUAAGAUUGUGGCCACUUUCUGAGCCAUCUUAGAAGCGACGAUUGCUUAGUGUGUUGCAACCGUCUCUUGUGACGGAGAACGUAUGUCAGCCGUUUUGUAAAAUUAUCUUAUCUGGGGCAUUCAUUUUCCGAGUCCUACGUUUUUUUUGUUUAUCACGCUAUAUAAAGAUAGUAACCCAUGUUUCAAAUAUUUCCCGUUUUUUGAUAUGAGAAACUAUUCUAAUUUCUGGUUUUUCUUAGGUUAGGCUUGAAAGCCAUCAUUAAAACAUUAUAGGAUGCAAUUUAGUUGCAGUUUUUAACGCUGCUAGUCAUCUCUUGCAAAAUAAAAGCUUCCAAAACGAUAAUAGAAAAGAAACUUGCUAAAUCUGUAGUUAAGUUUUUGUUUGAGAUUUAGAAGGAGGAUAUACUCAAUGGGAUGUUUUAAACGGAGAAUAUUAAGUGAAAUUUGAAGGCGUUGAAGCCAACAAUCCACCAAAGAAUGAAAAGCAAACUUGACAAAUAUUUAAGCUAUAAAUAAAUGUAUAAAUUGAGAUACGAAACAGAACUGAAUGUUUAAACAGAAACGUUUGGCUUAUAGUCAAACCAUUUUGCAAGAAGACAAUGCGGAAUGCGGAAUAAAUAGGAAUUACACAAAGCAAAACAAACAAGACAUACAUAUGUUUAUGUUUUAUAUAUUUAAUGUAUAACUUUUUGCUAAAAUAAAAGAUGUAUGCAUAAUAUUGUA